CAUACACACACGCACACACAUACACACACACACACCCUGGCUGACUUUACAGUCAAUCUUUCAAAGUGCAAUUUGUCUAGGAAAAGCCAAUGUGAGGCCCGUGUGCGCCCCGACCAAUGGCGGCGCAGCUCCAGCGGCUCAGCCAGUCUCAGGCCUGUAUUCUAAUGGGCCGUAUCUUUAUCAGGGAAAUGUUCCUUCUCUGAACUUAAAACUUCUCAUGGAGGGUCCCCCGACUCAGAGGCAGAAAGGGGGUCUGAGCUGAGGCGUAGGGGGCCUCCCUGUCCAGCCAGGGCAAGGAGAGAGGCCAGGAGUCCUGGGGAGGCCUCCCACCUGCCCUGAGCACCUGACUUCUGAGCAGCUGACCCGGUGCGGGUGCCUGGGCCAGGGCCAGGUCGAUGCCUUAGGUGGGAGGCAGUCAGGGGCUCGGAGCCGGUCCUGCCCCUCCAGGCCUGCCAUGAGAUCUGGGGCCAGAGCGUGCGCUCUUGGGUUUUAGGGGCCUGGAGAAGCCUUCCCUGUCCUGACCAGGAGAUCAUGGAGUCCAACCUGCAGGGGACAUUCCUGCUGAACAACACACCGCUGGCUCAGUUUCCAGAGAUGAAGGCCCCCAUGUGCCAGUACUCGGUGCAGAACUCCUUCUACAAACUCAGCCCCCCGGGGCUGGGCCCCCAGCUGGCCGCCGGGACCCCCCACGGGAUCACGGACAUCCUGAGCAGGCCGGUGGCUGCGCCGAACAGCAGCCUCCUCUCCGGCUACCCCCACGUGGCAGGCUUUGGGGGGCUCGGCUCCCAGGGAGUCUACUACAGCCCCCAGGUGGGGAAUUUUUCCAAGGCCGGGAACGAGUACCCCACCCGGAACCGGAACUGCUGGGCCGACACGGGCCAGGACUGGCGAGGCGGGCGGCAGUGCAGCAACACCCCAGACCCCUUGAGUGACAGCAUCCACAAGAAGAAGCACACCCGGCCCACCUUCACGGGGCACCAGAUCUUUGCCCUGGAGAAAACCUUUGAGCAGACCAAGUACUUGGCUGGCCCCGAGAGGGCGAGGCUGGCAUACUCACUGGGCAUGACCGAGUCACAGGUCAAGGUGUGGUUCCAGAACCGUAGGACCAAGUGGCGGAAGAAGAGCGCCCUGGAGCCCUCGUCCUCCACGCCCCGGGCCCCGGGCGGCGCGGGCGCAGGCGGGGACCGCGCACCCUCGGAGAACGAGGACGACGAAUACAAUAAGCCACUGGACCCCGACUCAGAUGACGAGAAGAUCCGCCUGCUGCUGCGCAAGCACCGCGCCGCCUUCUCGGUGCUCAGCCUGGGAGCGCACAGCGUCUGACGCCCGCCGUCCAGGCCCGGGGUCCCGGCUGCAGCCCGCGGGGGGACGCCGAGGAGCCUGCCUUCCCCUCCCCUUCCCCACGCCGCUCCGCUGGUGGCGCAGGGACUGAGUCUUCAAUGAGGGGCGCGUGAAGGAGGUGGAGGAGGAGCGGCAGGUGCAGGGGAGGAGGCAGAAGAGGAGGAGGGGAGGCGGGGGAGGAGGAGGAAAAGGAGGGAAAGGGGACGGUCAUCCCAGCUGAGGGAGGAGGAGGCCAGGAAGGAGAACAGCACUCCUGAGACCUGGAAACCCUGGCCGCUCCUCCGCGGCCUCGCCUGCCAGUUCUGCAGAUUCUCAAGUGCACGAGGACUAAAAUGACCAGGCUCUGCAGCCAGGAAACUGGCUACGGGGUCCCAGACAGGCCACUGUGAUCCAACUGUGGGUGGGGGACCCUUCCCAGGGAGGGAGGCAGCUGGCUGGGAAAUCAGAAGACCAGGGUCUUUGUUCCCAAGCCAGCAGCUGGCUGCAGAAGAAAAGACGACUUGAGUGUCCUGGUGCACUCCUCAGACCUGUGCGCAGGAAGGGUCCCACUGGAGGGCCCAGAGCUGAGCACCUAACCCGGGCUGCAGGAAAUCUGCCUCCAGGAGGGGAAGUGGGACAUCCCAGCGAAAAAUAAACCCCCCUGGCGCUCCAGGAUGAUGGCCCCUAAGCUUCGGAAAUCCCCCCUGGCCUCCUUUCUCCGAUUUACCCUGAGGUCCAAUACCUCUAAGACCGGAAGACACAGGAAAUCCCUGAUGGCCGGGAAAAAGGGCGGGUGCAGGGAGAGGCGAGGCGGGGAUGUUGUACCCAAGGACCACCUACCUGGACAUCACUUGGUGCUGACAGAAGGAAGGACAGGCCCACCGGGAGAGAGGGAGCACUCCACCUGGGGAGGAAAAGAAAGGCUGAGAAGGACAGGGGAGCAUAACCCUUCCAACAAGGCGGGAAGGGAGAAGGAAAUCCCCUCCCGCUGGGUAAAGGAUGCCAGGGAGGGGCUGAACCACAGCCUGCUGGAAACCACGGCCCUUCCUUUCUUCAAAUAACCUUGCUGCCUGGCACUGGAGCUGGUGGCUGACAGGGAUGCUGGCCAACAGGGUGGUGUUUUUCACCCAGGAGGAUCUGUGCUGCUGGCAGGUGGGGGGUGGGCUGGGGGAGGUGGGUGGGGGCUGGAAUGCAGCCCAGAAGGGACCAAGCACUUGCCCAUCCUCACUGGCUUUCAAAAAAUAAACACUAAAACUGAAAGUCCACAAACCUCC